AUGGAAAAGAAACUUCAAGCAAAAGAUGAAGUCAUUGAAUCCAAAGACAAAAGCAUACAGAAAAGAAUACCACGUUCAGUACCAAAAGGAAAGGAAAAGAGUUAUAAGUAUAUGAUUUAUACUGAAGAGUUGGAGAAAGAAGAAGAUAGAGAUAUGGUUAUGUUGCAUUUAGUCAGAAGAAACAACAAAAGCUUUUACGACCUUGCUAAAAUAUAUAAAUCUGACAGAAACUGGUUCUAUCGUGAAAACUUACCGAUUUCAAUGACACCGAAUGAGCAAAUAAAAGAAAUUGUCAAAAAUACUCUUCCUCAAACACACUAUGACAUCAAAGGUUGCACAAUACUUACCUUCAAAGAAGACUUAACAUUACUGAAGGAAAAAAUAACAGAAUAUUUCGAUAACUUCAAAGAGGAAGAAUGA